GGAGCGGGAAACCUUAUCUUCCUCCCUGUCCAGCUGUUGUCUUUAUAAGCUUGCGUAUUAUAUUUUUCUUGAGUACAUUUAGGAGGUGACUAUUACCUAUUUUAUUUAUGUAUAUAUAUAGCUAUAUAUAUAUAUUGAAAAAGAAGCCUGACAAUUCCCAACAUCCGCCCUGAUGUGCUGCGUCUCAUCACGAUUCGUCAAGGAUAUGCGAAGCGCCUGUUUUCACGUCGACAUUAUUAUUACUAUUAUUUCCCACUAAAAAUCCAAGGAUGUACUUGCUGAACGACGGCGGAGUUGCGGGAUCGACGCCAACAGGCGGCAGCCGGGCUCGGUAGACCUCGACGGAGCAAGCCGACCCGGGGGUUUGUGCAAUAAUAUUUUGCGCCUAAUUAUUAUUUUCGCCAGCUCGUCGUGUUUUUUUUUUUUUUUUUUUUUUUUUUUUGCUCCCUCCAUCCAUCCACCCACCGGAGCUCAAAGGCCUGCAGCCCUGCAUUAUCCCCGGGCAUGCACCCGUGGGAAUGAUGAUACCACCACCGUGACGCACAGCAGCCGCACGGCGCAGCGGGGAGGACAUCCACACCUCGACAGGACUGAGGGAGGAGGCUGUGUGAGGGCCAGCUGAGGACGGGGACGGCCAGCUGUUUUGGGACAUAACGUGCCGAUGUCUGCCAUAUAAGCGCACCCAAGUACCCAUCGAAUAUUUGAUCUCUAAUCUUUUUCAUGCAUCGGACACAGCGGAGUGGGAGACAGGGAGGAGAGUUGAGUGGGUGAGGGCGCGGAGAGACGGAGAUGCGGGAGACGCAGUGAGCUGGGAGGAGGAGGAAGAGGGAAACGGGAGGAUUGACGCUCUCCUAUCACAGCUGGUGGUGUGACGUCCUUACUCUUCCUUCCCAGCAUGGCUGCGUCACUGUGGCUCAUAGGGGUGUGUGUACUCACUCUGGCUCAAGUUGCCCCCUCUGGACAAGCGAUGUCGCGAGCUGCUAUGCCGUUUGGGCUGCUGCGCCGGGAGCUGGCAUGCGAGGGUUACCCCAUAGAGCUGCGCUGCCCAGGAAGUGAUGUGGUUAUGGUGGAGACCGCCAACUAUGGACGCACCGAUGACAAGAUCUGUGACGCAGACCCCUUCCAGAUGGAGAACACCCAGUGUUACCUCCCUGAUGCACUAAAGAUCAUGUCCCAGAGAUGUAACAACAGGACUCAGUGUGUGGUGGUUGCAGGGGUCGACGUCUUCCCAGAUCCCUGCCCUGGAACCUACAAGUAUUUGGAGAUCCAGUAUGAGUGUGUCCCUUACAAAGUGGACCAAAAAGUUUUCGUGUGUCCUGGCUCACUGCUCAGCAUCCAGCCGGCCUCCUCACUCCUGGAGGCGGAGCAUCAGUCAGGGGCCUGGUGUAAGGAUCCCCUGCAAGCCGGUGACAGGCUGUACGUCAUGCCGUGGACGCCGUACAGAACAGAGGUGCUGUAUGAGUACGCCUCUUGGGAUGACUACCGGCAAAACAGAGUCACCACCACCUACAAGUUGCCUAGCCGUGUGGAUGGUACAGGCUUUGUGGUGUAUGAUGGUGCUGUAUUUUAUAAUAAGGAGCGAACACGCAACCUGGUCAAGUAUGACCUGCGCACACGCAUCAAGAGCGGGGAAGCGGUGGUGGUCAAUGCCAACUACCAUGACACGUCGCCUUAUCAGUGGGGAGGGAAGUCCGAUAUCGAUUUGGCAGUGGAUGAAAAUGGUCUUUGGGUUAUCUACUCCACUGAGGCCAAUAAUGGACGCAUCGUAGUGAGCCAGGUGAACCCAUACACCCUGCGCUUCGAGGGCACAUGGGCCACAGGCUAUGACAAGCGUGGGGCGAGCAAUGCUUUCAUGGCCUGUGGGGUUCUCUAUGUCGUGCGCUCCGUCUUCCAGGACGAUGAGGGGCAGGCGGAUAGCCGGACCAGCAGCAACAUGGUGGUUUACGCCUACGACACCAGCCGUGGGCAGGAGCUGCCUGUUAAGAUACCCUUCCCCAACCCUUACCAGUACAUCUCCUCCAUAGAUUACAAUCCCAGAGACAACCAGUUGUACGUGUGGAAUAACUACUACAUGCUAAGAUACCCUCUGCAGUUCACCCCACCGCCACCUACUAAAGGUCCCCUCUCCUCAUUGAUGACAACCGUCCGCUCCUACACAGCUACCGUUGCUUUAACCCCAGUGCGACCAUCAGCCUCACACCCAAUUGGCGUGAUCAACAGGAGUCCCUUUGACCAGCGGCCAAUCACAGCCAUGGUUCCACUGACCCCCCGCCCUCCUCUGCGUGUCCCCUUGGCCCCUGGUGGGCCCGGCCAGGUGGGCGGGUGUGAGGGCAGGGUGGCCCGAGGCGUUCAGUGGCCCCCUACCCUAAAAGGAGAAACAGUGGAGCGGCCCUGCCCCAAAGGGUCUCUGGGUAUAGCCUCCUACCAGUGCACGUUGUCCCCUGUGGGUUGGAACUCCAGAGGGCCCGACCUUUCCAACUGCACCUCUCCCUGGGUCAGCCAAAUUGCACAGAAGAUUAAAAGCGGGGAGAAUGCGGCCAACAUCGCCGGAGAGUUGGUCAACUUGACCCGAGCGCGGAUCUACGCCGGUGAUGUCAGCAUGUCCGUCAAACUGAUCGAGCAGCUGCUGGACAUACUGGACUCUCAGCUGCAGGCCUUGAGACCAGCCAAUAAAGAGCCGGCAGCACGCAACUACAACAAGCUUCAGAAGAGAGAGCGCACAUGCAAAGCUUAUGUUCAGGCGGUCGUGCAGGCCGUUGAUAACCUUCUGGGUCCUGAAGCUCUGGUGUCCUGGUCCGACUUGAGCAGUGUGGACCAGUCCCGCUCUGCAUCGCUGCUGUUAGAUGCAGUGGAGAAAGGUGCAUUUCUGUUGGCUAACAAUCUCUACGAGGGUCGUUUCAGUGACAGAGCGCCAAAUAUCGAUCUGGAGGUUUAUGUUCUAAAUACAGAGGCGGAUAUACAGGACUUGACGUUCCCUCACUCGUAUGACAGCGACAGCAUCCUGCAGAUAUCAGCUCAGGCCCUACAACAGUACAGCAACAAUGGCCAAGUGAAGCUGGUUCUUGCCCUCUAUAAGAACUUGGGCUCGUUUCUGACCACCCAGAACUCAACCCUGCGGCUGGGACUGGGCCUGGGUCAGGGCUCAGACGCCAGGCAUAGGAACCUCGUGGUUAACUCUCACGUCAUCUCUGCCUCGGUGCACAGAGGAGCCAACAGAGUGUACCUCACCGAGCCAGUGAUUUUCACCCUCAGACACCUUCAGCUGGAAAAUCACUUUGGUCCCAACUGCUCUUUCUGGAACUCGUCAGGAGUGUCUGGGAGCGGCAGGUGGUCCACACAGGGCUGCCGCCUGUUACACACAAACAACACACACACUACUUGUGCCUGCAACCAUCUGUCCAGCUAUGCUGUCCUCAUGACAUACCAGCAACCUGCGUUUGGAGACGGUAUCGAAGAAAUUCUGGUCUACGUGGUUUCCUGGGUCGGGAUCUCUGUUGCACUGGUGUGUUUGGCUACCUGCCUUGUCACACUCUGCUGCCAGGGGGCGCCCUGGCAUUCGGACCACAGCACCAUCCACUGCAACCUGUGGGCCAACCUGCUGGUCACAGAACUUCUCUUUCUUAUCGGGGCCAACAAGAUUAAAUACAAUGUCGUGUGCUCCAUCACCGCUGGCCUGCUGCACUUCUCGCUGCUGUCCGUGUUUUGCUGGUUGUGUCUGGAGGGGGUGGAGCUGUACCUGCUGCAGCGGGAGGUGUUUGAGGGUCGUAACUCCAGGAGGAAGUACUUUUACCUCUGUGGCUACACCGUUCCUGGCCUGGUGGUGGCUGUGUCUUCAGCAAUUGACUUCAGAGGAUACGGCUCCAAAACUGCAUGUUGGCUGCGCACAGAUAAUUACUUCAUCUGGAGCUUCCUGGGACCCGUAGCUGUCAUCAUUACGCUGAACCUGGUUGUUUUAGUGAUGACCUUACAUAAGAUGCACAGCACUGCUGCGCUGAAGCCGGACUCCAAUCGCCACGACAACCUGAGGGCCUGGGCGGUGGGCUCUCUGACGCUGCUCUUCCUGCUGAGUGUCACCUGGUCCUCGGGAUUGAUGUUCCUGUCUGGUCCGUCUCUCCUCCUGGCUUACCUCUUCUCCUCCCUCAACACUGCCCAGGCCCUUCUUAUUACUAUCCUUCACUGCACCCUCGCCAGGAAGGGUCAGAAGGAUUAUGGCCGGUGUCUGCGUCUGUCGCGGUGUUGCGCAACUUCGUCAUCCAGCUCUCCAGACUCAGUGAAAGGUGCUGCCCUUCGCUCCAACAGCCGCUACACCAACAGCCAAGGUCGCAGAGCCACUGCUAACAGACAGAGCCGCAUCAGAAGGAUGUGGAAUGACACUGUUCGCAGGCAGACUGAGUCCUCGUUCAUUGCUGCAGAUGUUAACAACACUCCCACUCUCAACCGAGCUGCUUUGGGGAACCAUUUCCUGACUAACCAGGUGUUGCAGACUCAUGCUGCAGCUUCUCCGUAUGACACAAUGAUGACGCAGGGAUACAGUCAACCCUUCACCUCCACAGGAACCUUCAGAAACAAGCAGAAGGGUGGUGUGUUGCAAAGCCAGGAGUCCUGCGGGUUGGACAGUGUGUGUCUUAAUGGAGGCUACACGCCCAACACAUUCACCCUGCAUGGUCUAGGGACCACGCCUGGAUCUCGAGCUGGAGUAGUGGGUAGCACUGACCUCCUGAGGGAGGGAGGAGUUGGGAUAGGAGGGGACGACAUCUCUCCUGGCCUCCUAACACCACAUGGAGCCACAGAUGCAGGGAUGCGCCGCAAUCUGUCCGACGCAGCAGCGUUAGAGAAGAUGAUCAUCUCUGAGCUGGUGCAGAGCAACCUGAGGCCGUCCGUUCCCAUGCCCGUUCCUCCCGAGCGUUACGGGAGCUUGGCGCGACCGCACCACCACGACAGGCCGGCCCUCUCUCACGCCGCCACCUUAACUCGACACGUACAGCCGCCUCAAGAAGGCUGGGCUGCCAACAUACAGCCGAGUGUACGCCACACCGCUCAAGAGGGCUGGGGACACGCGAGGCAGCACACACAAGACACUGAGGUGCAUUCCACAACACGCGCGCAAGAUCACGCCACCACCACGCCACGCUUGCAAGAAGGCUGGUCGCACGCACGUGUUCCUGGAGAUGCUGAGUCGUGUGAGCUGGGGAAAGACGGGGAGCGAUCGCAGCUGCAGGGCACUCUGGGCCGCCGCGGGCACCAGGACAGGCAGCAGGCACGGCCCCCCGACAUCCAGGCCCGACCCUACUCCACCCUCAGCCGUACGCCGGGCACCCUGUCGCGCCACCGCAGCGCAGUGGAAGCAGGUGCGGGGACGGAGAGGGACAGGGAGAGAGACAGGGACCGUUACCGGGACAGGCCUCUCCCCCCGCCGCCCCCUCCUCCCCCGCAGGAGUCAGAGUCCCUCUACAAAGCUCUGGAAGAACCGCUGCUCAUGACGCAGAGGGACCCGAGCGUGGAGGCGUGGAGAGGCGGCCAGGAAAGAGAGAAGGACGAGACGUUUCUGCUCAAAAGAGACGCAAUGAAUGAAGAAUGGAGAGGGGGAGCUGAGAGGGGGAGAGACGAAACUUUUGCCUCACAGCAGCGAGACGGCGACAUGGAUGACUGGAGGGCCGGCGUGGAGAGAGGGAGGGAAGAGUCCCAAAUGCUGGAGAAGAGAGACGGACGGAUGGAGGUGUGGCAAGGAUCAGAGACGGAGCAGGAGGAAACGUUUAUAACUCAGAAGAAGGAUUUUGGAAUGGAUGGAUGGAGAGGUGGAGUAGAGAGAGAAAAGGAUGAAUCUUUGUUUCUGAAGGACAGAGAUGGCUGGAGGGCAGAGAUUGAACGAGAGAAUGAGAAGCAGAAGGAAAGAGUGCUGGAUGUGUGGAGAGGAGGGAUGGAUUUGGACAGGGAGGAAUCCUUCUUGUUUGAAAGUAAAGACGGAGGUCUAGAUGGGAAGAAAAGAGGAAAAGACAGAGGAUCUCUUCGGUAUCACGGCGAACGACAGGAUUCUGACAGUUUCACUCUGCCUUUGACUCCCGACCUUGACCUGGAUCCCGACUCCUCGCCCAUUUACGCCCGAGAUUCAAACCCCUCCCCGCUCUACCCCGGAGACCGACGCUCGCCGCCGCUCGGCAUCUUCCCCAGAAACUCCCCCCCGACAAAUAUCUUCGCCCCGAGAGAAAACAGCUCGCCUCCCAGCAACCUGUACUCCCGCCACUCCCCGCAGGUGUACAGCCGCAGCAGCUCCCCUCCUCGCUUCUACACCCGCAGCUCCCCGCCGACCCUCUCCUACCCGGACAGCAGCCCCGACGGCCCGGAGGACGUCAGCCCCACCGGGUGUCAGCCCCAGCGGGCCGGUCUGGAACUGCCCUACAGCCUGAGGCGACCCCCGCUGGUGCCCCGGCCCAAUCACCUGCAGACCUUCUACCAGCCGCCGCCGCUGGGAUCCAACGGAGACACGGGGUACUCGGCAGAGCCCACCUCCGAGGGAGAGGACGGACAGAUGCAGCGGGUGACCAGCCUGUGACUAGGGCGGUGGUGAUUGGGGCUAAGAUACCAGGGAGGAGAACGAAGAUGCAGAAACACAAGUCAAAUAAUGAUAAUCAAACAAAUGGCAACUCCGAUUAGGAUGGUUAAAAAAAAGGACAACGAUAAUGGACAACUACGCUAACAAUGAUGACUAGGGUUGCCACCCGUCCCGUAAAAUACGGAUUUGUCCUUUAUUUGAGAAAAAAAUGUUGCGUCCCGUAUUGAACUAAUACGGGACGCGAUUUGUACCGUAUUUUCAUUAACUUUUACACCAUAUUCUAGUUGAAUUAUUGAAAUAAAUUUACCUUUACACCAUAUUCUAGUUGAAUUAUUGAAAUAAAUUUACUUUUACACCAUAUUCUAGUUGAAUUAUUGAAAUAAAUUUACUUUUACACCAUAUUCUGGUUGAAUUAUUGAAAUAAAUUAACCUUUUACACCAUAUUCUAGUUGAAUUAUUGAAAUAAAUUAACCUUUACACCAUAU